AUGGCUUCACUGGCUGAAUACUGCUCCAUCUGGCCUACCGCAGGUGGUCAACAAUUCUAUACCCAGGUUGUUGCCCCCGAGAAGUCACGACGCUUCCUGUCUUAUCUGGUCGGCUGGUGCGUUCUGGUGGGUGAAAUCUCGACCUCCAGCUCCUGUGCCUUGAACAGUGCAGAAAUUGUGGCGGCUCUCGUCGAGAUCAUACAUCCAAAUAUCGAGUGGAAGCCCUACAUGACUUGGCUUAUUUACACCGGCUUUCUGGUUGCCCCAGCGCUAUCGAAUCUGCUUCCCAAAUACCUUCCGGCCUUGCAACUCUUUGGUGCAUUCUUCAACAUUUCAAACGCGCUGAUCUGGGCAAUCGUUUUCCUGGUACUGGCCGAUAAGAACAGCUCCAAGUUUGUCUUCACCGAAUUUCUCAACACAUCAGGAUGGACGUCCAAGGGCUGGGUCUUCAUCCUGAGCAUGUACGUUCCCAUCUAUGGUCUCUACGGAAGCGAUGGCGUCAUGCAUUUGGUCGAGGAGAUGAAGAAUGCUUCGCGCGAUGCUCCUCGAGUCAUGGUGUGGUCUAUGGUAUGGGCUGGCGUAACAGCGUGGCUGUCAGCUAUUGUUAUGUGUUACACAGUAGGCCCCAACUGGGAAAACUAUCUCGAAGCCACCUCCUCCUAUGUGGCAUGGUUCAUGGAUGUGCUGAACUCGACAUAUGGUGGAGGGAUAUGGGUAGCUGUCAUGAUGAUGGGCCUGAAUUAUCUGAUCAUUGUCAACAUGAACACCGCUGGUUCGCGUCUCGCAUGGUCAAUGGCUCGGGACCGAGCUUUCCCCUACUCGGACUAUUUCGCUCAAGUCAACAAGCGAUUUCAGAUGCCUCUCCGAGCCAUGUUGGCCUUUAUUGUGUUGAAUCUCCUUACAGGCCUCCUGGUGCUUGGCAGUUCGCUGGCAUUUUACGCAAUCAUCUCGGGAGGUGGUGUCGCCUUGCAGGUCUCUUACUGCGUCCCGAUCCUUUGUGUGGUCUUGAGAGGUCGUCAACACCUGCCACCGCGGCCGCACUUCGAUCUUGGUAAAUGGGGCUACACCGUUAAUAUUGCCGGUUUACUCUGGAGUAUCAUUGUGGUACUGUUCUAUGUCUUCCCCCAGUACGUUCCCGUCGUGGGUGAGAUAGCGAACAUGAACUGGGCAAUUGUCAUCCUUGCUGGUGUUGUGGUCUUUGGAGGAGUGUACUGGUUCUGGAAGGGCAGACACGAAUACUUGGUUUUCGGCAAUUCCAUCCUGGACGACAACCUUGUCAUUCAUGGCGAAGCUGUUGUCACCGGCCGGGAUGCAGCUGCCACCUUUGGACAACCUGAGCCCGAAAAGAGACUCGAUCUCUAG